UAUUGGUUCUUUGUGGGUCGCGCGAAGUAGAAGAUCUCCACUAACUUCUCUUUCCUUGCAAAUCAAAUCCAAAACUGACAAGAGAAGGCACUGGCAAAAUACCUCCCUCUCUUCGUAAAGACUACGUCGUUUCAAUCUGUAGUGCAGUUUUUGUGUCAUAAAGGUCCAUGUCAGUGCCCAACGAGGAUAACAUGUCUCCUCAUACCCAGCUUUCAUCCCAUUUUUUUGGGGAGCUCCUUGAUUCCAUAAUUGUUGAUGUUGCCUCUGAGUGUCAUCGGAUAGCGAGGUUGGGUCUUGAUCGCAAUUUGGAGGAAGAGGAAGAAGAAUUGAGGCUGUCAGCACAAGCUCGUGUUACAGUAGCGGAUCCUAGUAAUAGUGGUGAAACCAAUGGCAAGUAUGUUGUAGACAUAUUUGGACAAACACAUCCAAGUGUUGCAAAUGAAGUGUUUGAUUGCAUGAAUUGUGGGAGACCGAUCGUGGCUGGGAGAUUUGCUCCUCAUUUGGAGAAGUGCAUGGGAAAGGGUAGGAAGGCUCGUGUCAAGGCCACAAGAAGUAGCACAGCAGCACAGAACCGGUACUCACGAGGCAGUCCUGUUUCUGCAUACUCCUCUUAUUCAAAUUCAACCGGCACAAACAGGUUAUCAAAUGGAACAUACAAUCACACAGUCGAAGAGUACUCAAAUGGAACAUGUGAAGAGCCAUGAAUCAAGCAUGAGUGAUGGCAGGCUGAUUUCAUGACAUAAGAGCAUCUACAACCAAUGUGGGUUCUUUUGUUUUCUUAAAGGUAAUACUAGAAGAGGAUUUAAAGGCACAAUCUUUCUGUAAAUAUUGCAAAUGAAUCCUUUGCUGUUUGAAACUUCGAGUCUGGAAUGAGAACAAAACCACCUGCUGCUUUUGGAUAGGAAA